AUGGGUGUGGCUGGGCUGCCACAUCUUAGUAACUCCCACUGCGUGGUUUGCCAUGUGGAGAAGUACGGUCUCUACCUUAUCUUUGCGUACUUUAAGUACAGCGACUCAAUCGAUCAACAUCUGAAACACCUAGAGAUCGUACUUGACCAGUUAAAGGGCAAGCGCGUUGUCAUCGGAGUUGAUAGCAACGCGAACUCGCCGCUCUGGUACAGUGACAGAGCACAAAUAGUGGGAAGAGGACAUGAAGCAGAGCAUCGCAGGAGGAUGAUGGAGGACUUCAUCAUGACGCGAGGGCUCACUCUGGCCAAUGUGGAGGGACAACCGCCCAAGUUCGCUGGGGCCAUGGGUGAGUCAAACAUCGACCUCACCCUUGCGACGAGAGGUGUAACUGUAUCGGAGUGGCGAGUACUGGAUUCCGCCAGCACGGGCGACCAUCGCCUCAUCGCGUUCAAGAUUGCGAGAGAGGGCCGGAGGAGGUGCCUGCUCGUUUUCAGGACCGGGGGGUUGACUGGCGCUAUUUUCGCGGUACAAUUCACUUGA